AGUUUCCAGUUUGUGCUCACAGAUGAAACAGACCCCCCCAGUGCUGUUGAGAAACGUUACUCCUAAUUAACUUUUGUAAAAUGAGUACCUGCUACCCACGGUGAAGCUAAUUGAUUUAGCAGUGUAGGCCUCAUAAAAGCUCCUUAGCCUGCUCCACUACAGACUCCACGAAGAAGCUGAAGGAUGUCCUGCAGGAGUUCCAUGGAGACGGUGUGUUGGCUAAAUACAAUCCAGAGGAGAAGCAGGAAAUCCUCAACCAGGAGAUCGACUUCGAGGGCUUCAAGGUCUUCAUGCAGACGUUCCUGGAGAGUGAGCUCCCCGAGGAGUUCUGUCAACACCUCUUCAUGUCGUUUAGCAACAAGGGACCCAAACCCAGUCCAUCAUCAUCUGACAAACCCAGAGUGUCUGGGCUGAAGCUGAUCAAAAGCACCUCGACCCCUCUGAGGACCGCCGUGCUGCCCAGACCUCUGGAUUCGGUGCAGCUGAAGGACAUCGUGUGUUACCUCUCGCUGCUGGAGGGCGGGCGGCCUGAGGACAAGCUCGAGUUUAUGUUUCGACUCUAUGACACGGAUGGAAACGGCUCUCUGGACAGCUCGGAGCUGGAGCACAUUAUAUCCCAGAUGAUGCAUGUAGCAGAGUACCUGGAGUGGGAUGUGACCGAGCUGAAACCAAUCCUGCAGGACAUGAUGCGGGAGAUCGACUACGACCACGACGGCACGGUGUCUCUGGAGGAGUGGAUCCAGGGAGGCAUGACCACCAUCCCACUUCUGGUCCUGCUGGGCCUGGAGACUAACGUCAAAGACGACGGGCAGCACGUGUGGAGACUGAAGCACUUCAACAAACCGGCCUACUGUAACCUGUGCCUCAACAUGCUGAUCGGACUGGGGAAGCAGGGGCUCUGCUGCUCCUUCUGCAAGUACACGGUCCAUGAGCGCUGCGUGGCCCGUGCUCCCCCAUCGUGCAUCAAAACUUAUGUCAAGUCCAAGAAAAACACAGAGGUAAUGCAUCAUUUCUGGGUGGAGGGGAACUGCCCCACCAAGUGUGACAAGUGUCACAAAACCGUUAAGUGUUACCAGGGCCUGACUGGGCUCCACUGUGUGUGGUGUCAAAUCACGCUCCAUAACAAGUGUGCCUCCCACGUGAAACCUGAGUGUGACUGCGGCCCCCUGAAGGAUCACAUCCUGCCCCCUAACUCAAUCUGCCCCAUCAUCCUGGAAAGGCAGACGACGCUGAGGAAAGACUCGCUCAGGUCCAGUCAGACGAACCGAGGGAAGAUGCAGAGAGCGAACUCUGUCACAGUGGACGGCCAAGGACUGCAGAUCACAACAAUAGAGGGCACUCAUCCUCUGCUCGUGUUUGUCAAUCCGAAGAGCGGGGGGAAGCAGGGUGAGAGGAUCUACAGAAAGUUCCAGUAUCUCCUGAACCCCAGACAAGUGUACAACUUGGCCAAGAACGGACCCAUGCCCGGGCUUAACUUCUUCAGAGACGUUCCUGAUUUCAGAGUCCUGGCCUGUGGAGGAGACGGCACUGUUGGCUGGAUCCUGGACUUCAUAGAUAAAGCCAACCUGGACAGGAACCCCCCCGUGUGUAUACUUCCUCUGGGCACGGGCAACGACCUGGCAAGAUGUCUGCGCUGGGGAGGAGGCUACGAGGGCGAGAGCCUCCUGAAGAUCAUGCGGGACAUCGAGAACAGUUCGGAGGUGAUUCUGGAUCGCUGGAAGAUUGACGUCACACCUGCAGACAAGGACGAGCGAGGCGACCCCGUGCCUUACAGCAUCGUGAACAACUACUUCUCCAUCGGAGUGGACGCCUCCAUCGCACAUCGUUUCCACGUCAUGAGGGAGAAGCACCCGGAGAAGUUCAACAGCCGAACAAAGAAUAAGCUGUGGUACUUUGAGUUCGGCACUUCGGAGACCUUCUCGGCCACGUGUAAGAAGCUCCACGACUUUCUGGAGGUUGAGUGUGAUGGUGUCACUCUGGACCUCAGCAGCAUCUCCCUGGAAGGCAUAGCAAUUCUCAACAUUCCCAGCAUGCACGGCGGCUCCAACCUCUGGGGCGAGAGCAAGAAGAGGAGGGGCAACCGCAAAGGGGGGAAGAAGAGCCAAGACAAGAGGACUCCAUUGUUGGAUCCCAAGGAGCUCAUGUUCGCAGUCCAAGACCUCUCCGACCAGCUGCUGGAGGUGGUGGGUCUGGAGGGAGCGAUGGAGAUGGGUCAGAUCUACACCGGCCUGAAGAGCGCUGGAAGACGCCUGGCACAGUGCUCCUCUGUCACCAUCAGAACCAGUAAAUCCCUCCCGAUGCAGAUUGAUGGGGAACCUUGGAUGCAGACCCCCUGCACUAUUGAGAUCAUCCACAAGAACCAGGCCGCCAUGUUAAUGGGACCUCAACAAGGCCGGAGCUGCUUCUCCUCCAUCGUCAGGCGAACACGCACAGAGAGCAAAGACUGAUCCAUCACAGUCCCAGACCUUCGAGUCGUCACAAAAACACCUGCAGAUCAGCAAACACAAGUCGAUCAUCAUCCGGCCCGUUAGUGAAGGGGUCUUUGAUGCCUGUUUGAUAGCCCAGCUUCCAGUAGCAAGCUGCAGGUGCAGUAAGUAUCACCUGCAGCGUGGAGAUGUCACUGAGAAGGCCUUGAUUCAUCCAGAGUGAGGUGUGUUUAGAACUGACGCCUCAGCCUGUACUGUAGUUUAGCUCCAAAAAUACUGAAGCUAUUUCGGGAUGGUCCGGUUUUAUAAAAGUCUGUUUUUAUUUCUGCUGUUGUGAUCUGUGCCAUGUGGAAAAAAAACACCCACAGACGAAUGUGUUUUGUGAUAAGAUGUAUUUAUUUAUUUAUUCAUAUUUGCUGCUAUUGAUGUUUUUUAACAGUUUUUUGCAUUUGCAUACCCCUGAUGCAUGAUGGACAGUGAAUGAGGAUGCUGCUGUUGAAGCUGACAUAUCUGGUGUUUCGCGGAUGAUCUUUUCCCGAGUGUGUAGUAAGAAGUGAAGUUUCUGUGCUCAGCAUUUCAUCAGCGCUUCUCUCCUGAAUGGCUUCAAGUCUUGAAAAGACAAAGAAACACUCGCUUUUCUUUGCACAGUUCCUGCAAGUCAUCCUGCAAUGUCAUGUUUUUGAUCUGAUGUGCUGCUGCUCCGUCGGUGAAAAAGAUUAGGAAUGAUUAUUGAUCCUCAUAAAAAAUGCAUGACACUCUUUGUUUGACGUCGCACCACAGAUUUUCCAGACAGUUUUACCAAUUGUGUGCACACUUUGUGUUGCAUGAGUGACCAGGAUCUGUUCUGACACUUGUGGAAAUUGAUCGUUGUUGAAUCUAAAUCUAGAGUGCCGCUCGGUUUAACCAUAUCACUCUUUAUCUAUAUGAUGGCUGCGUUUUGAUCGGAUCCUGUGUGUUUUUGAAGAUACUCAGACACCUUUGAGAGUAUGAAAAAAAAAGAAAAUGUAACAGAAAAAAAGUGUAGUGUUCGUUCAUGUUGCUCCAGUAACUGUGUAGUUGGAUAUUCAAGAGAAGCAUUUUGACCUCCCCUGGUCAUUGAUUCGCUCUGAUGUCUGCUGUUGAGUGUUUACAGUCCGCUGCACACACAAGACAACAUUAACCAAUUAAAGCCUAAAUACAAAAUGACUAUUGACAUAUAUAUUGUACAAGCUGGAUUUAAAGAAUCAAUGCUGAAAAUCUAUCCCUUCCUAUAAUUACAGAUUUCUGAGGCAUUUUACAGCCAAUUACACAUGCACAUGCUUUCUAUAAGACCUGAUGAUGACGUUUUUAUAUUCACUUGAAACUGCCAAAUACACUGAAGAGUCUCCUUAUAUGCACAAAAAUAACAAUAUAUAUUUGCAGGGCACUCUUGCAAAGUUACAAACUGCUGUACAUGCAUUAAAGAGGGCGUUGUUAUAAAUAGUGAUGGUAAAAUUCUGUAUUUUUCUGCGUUAAAGAAAACUUGUCUUAGUCAAUUUCACCAAAAGUUAAUGCUUCACAAUAUUCUUGGGAUAAGUUACAGCUCUAAACACACACACAUGAUAAAUGUGUUGUUUUUUAACAUGACUGUACGCCUGAUUGUUUUCAGAGAGCAACUCCAGGUUCGACUGUUUCAGUCCUGAAAAGUGCCAAACCCCAGUACAGACUGAGGUCCAAUGAAUCUCCAUCUCUUUGAUUUGUACUUUGCAGCAUUUGUACGAUGAGGUUGUAUUUUUGUACUCAGUAUUGUUUUUUCUGCUUGUCACGUUUCUUCACAGUUGAACUCACACCAUGUUGUUCUGCCUAAAACAAACUAUGCCUGCAAAUGUGACUGAGAAAAGUGAUAAUAAAGCUUUGUUGUUUGAGAAA